CUACACAAGGGGACUAGAAACUAAGUCUAUUCUUCUUGCUUACUUACAAUGAUGCGCGGAUGCCUCUUCAUAUAGAGAGGGGAGAUUACAAUCCUAAAUCAACUCUGAAUCCUAACUUACCUAAUUUAUCUCUAAUUGAAUUGAAAACUAAUCAAACUCUAUCUCCUAAUCCAAAUCAAAUCUAACUUCUACCAAAUUUAUCUCUUAAUUAAAUAGCAAGCCUUGAUCUCCUACUCUUCUACUCUAUGUACUUUAUCUAAUUAGGCUUUUUUCGGCUUAUUAAUAUAACAAGGGCAGCUUUUCUGCCGGUUCAUUUCUAAAAAAAUGCUACUCUUUGGUAGUCAAACGAUUCAUGUUGUCUUUUGUCUGACCUUGUAGUUAAAUAUCAUGUAUGUUGUGUAGAGACAACACGAUCGAUAUGGUGCACUAAUCGAAAGAUUGAACCACAAAUCGAUGUUGAAUUGGUCGUUCCGUGUAGGAGAAUUUCUACAAACGAAGUUCUAAAACAUGAUAGGAGUUGACAUCUUUCAUCUCAAGAAAAAGUCCCCAAGUGGUAAAACAUGAUAGGAGAAUUUCUGAGUGCGGAUGCCCACCACUGGCCUCACCACGCACUAGCUUGCAAUGCUAGCUACCACUGAUCAAAGCUGCUAGCCAUCAAGCUCUCUCUCUCUCUAUAUAUAUAACCCUAGUGGCCAGUACGAAGCAUCUGAUAGUGUACACAUCCAGCUAGCUAGCUAGAAUCUAGAUAUACAGGUGGAGGUCUUGGGGGGAACGGAGGAGCCAUCUGUUUCUUUCUUCUUCCUCUCGAUCGAUCGAGCUUUGCCUUUGUCGGUCUCUGUUUGGAGGAGGCGGUGGCGGCGGCGGCAACUAAUUAUUAAGGCCAAGUCGAUCGGGGGUGGCAAUUCCUAGGGAGGAAGAGACCGCCUCAUCGGGUCUGCUGCAGCAGGAGGAGGAGAUGGAUCGAUCGAUCGCGUCAGCGACCAUGUGUAGCAAGAACAAGAUCAAGGUCGGUGAGCAGAGCCGUGGCAACACGACGACGAGGAGGAAGGGGCCGUGGACGGAGGAGGAAGACGCCCAGCUGGUAUGGUUCGUGCGCUUGUUUGGUGAACGCCGAUGGGAUUUCUUAGCAAAGGUUUCAGGUUUGCGCGGUGGCGGGUGCAUCCAUCGCCAUGCAUGCACAUCGAUCUCAUCUCUGACGACGUGCAUGCAUGAGGAUGGAAGGAUUUGAGGACGGUCAGUGGCGUGCGGUGUUAACCACUUUCUUCUUCUCCUGUUUCUGCUUCCUCUUCUCUCUGCAUGCGUGCGGCUCUGCUCCACUGCAGGUCUCAAGCGCACCGGCAAGAGCUGCCGCCUCCGCUGGGUCAAUUACCUCCACCCAGGCCUCCGGCGCGGCCGCAUCACCCCCGACGAGGAGCGCCUCAUCCUCAGCCUCCACGCGCAGUACGGCAGCAGGUGGUCGCGCAUCGCCAGGAGCCUCCCCGGUCGCACCGACAACGAGAUCAAGAACUACUGGAGGAUGCGCAUGAGAAAGAAGGCGCACGAGGAGAGGCACAAGACAACGGCCUCCGCGUCCUCCUCGCCGUCGUCGCUGACAAUGUCCGGCUCCGCCCCUCCGAACAGCGGCACCGCCACGUUCUCGUCGGCGGUGACCGAAUCAGCGCUGCAAGAAAGCAGCGGCGACGACGAGGCCGAGCUCGAUGAGGCGUCGACCACCGUGGCAAGCCACCAGCCCCAACAGCAGCAGCAGCAGCAGCAAGAGUGCUACUCCAUGGACCAGCUGUGGAACGAGAUCGUGGCCGCCGAGGCGGCGGCGAGCUACGCGGUCGACAGCUGGGGAGGCGCCGGCCAUGGCGCCGCCGUCGAGAAACCGUCGAUGGCGUCGCCGGUGUGGGAGUUCUGCUCGGAUUAUUCGCUCUGGAGGAUCGACGACGAAGAGUACUACAAGAUGCUCGAUGCUUCAUGAUGCACACCAAUUCAUCAAUCAUCCUAUGCCUUCAGAUCAAUUUGUUUAACUUAUUUAAUUGUCUACGAAUUCAAAGGUUAGCCUUUCGUUUCAUGCAUCUGUUCUUAAAAUUCUAUAUAUACUAGUGCAUCCUUGCAUUUGUGUA